CCGACCUGGAAAAUUGGACAACUCAGCGAAAGAACAUAAAAAAAAGAGCACUUAUUUCCCUGUAUUGAGUUGCAUUUAAUUUCAUUUGCCACGCCAACGCGACACAACAAAACAUGCAAGAGGCAUAUGUUAAUAUUAAUAAUAUACCGACGCAUAUAAUUACCUAUGGGAAAUGGAUUGAGGAGACAAUAACGGAAAAGGAAUUGGUCAUAUGCAUCACUGGGAAUCCAGGACUGCCCGGUUUCUAUACCGAAUUCGGCGAGAGCCUACAGCAAGAGUUGGGUAAUCUGCCCGUCUGGGUGAUUGGUCAUGCUGGACACGACGAUCCACCCGAAGCAAGCAUUCGGGAGGUGCCCCAACUUAGUGGCAAUGAGGAGCUUUUUAAUUUGGAUGGCCAGAUAAGGCAUAAAAUCGAAUUCAUUACAAAAUACGUUCCCAGCGAUGUGAAAAUUCACCUAAUUGGUCAUUCGAUUGGCGCCUGGAUGAUAUUACAACUUCUUCAGGAGCAGAGCAUAAGGAAACGCAUCAAAAAGUGUUAUAUGCUCUUUCCCACUGUUGAACGGAUGAUGGAAUCACCCAAUGGUUGGGUAUUCACCAAAAUAGCGAUGCCCCUGUAUUCCGUUUUUGGUUAUAUAUUUUUUAAUUUUUUCAAUUUUCUACCUGUUUGGCUGCGCAUGAUCUUGAUACAGAUAUACUUUUUAAUAUUCUCAAUACCGAAAGUGUUCAUCGGUACGGCGUUAAAGUAUUCCAAGGCUUCGGUGGCAGAGAAAGUUGUCUUUCUGGCCGAUGAUGAGAUGGCACGGGUCAUUGGACUUCAGCACGAUAUUGUGGAAAAGAAUUUGGAUUUGUUGAAAUUCUAUUAUGGGACCACAGAUGGCUGGGUCCCCAUCUCGUAUUAUGAGCAAUUGAAAAAACAGUAUCCCCAGGUGGAUGCUCAAUUGGAUACAAAGAAAAUCGAUCAUGCCUUUGUCCUAAGACACUCGAAGCCCAUGGCACUAAUUGUUAGGGAUAUGAUUGAAGAGAAUCGGGAACAGAGCAAUAUGUAGUUACUGUGUGUCAAUCUAUAGCCAAUUGUUGCCUAAUGAUCUAAGCAUGCUGGAUAAUGAUUCAUGCUAAUUCUUAUCAGCAUUUCUUUAGGCUAGAUUUCAAUACAGAAGAUAAGGUAAACACCUGAUCGGUGAUUACUAAGUAAUAAUUAAUAGAUAAGUAUAAACACCGUGUAUAUUCCAAUCCAAUUUUAAGGCAUUUGAUUUCGAAUAAGGAAUUUACUCUCCCCUUUCUUGCCCGUUUAAGAUGUUUAAUUCCUUGAGUUUUAGAUUGAUAUUUCAACUAGUAAGCGACUGGAAUCCGAUGUUACUUUUUAGCGACACUUAAGCAAUUGUCACAGAAAUAUUUUUUUUUAAUUUUAUUUAAUUCUUUUGCAUCUCGAAACGAAAGGAAAUAAAAUUUAUAGUAAUCAAAUGAA